GCCUGCCAGGGAGGCGGCUAGAGCACUCCACACUGUCACACUGGGCGCACUCACACACUUGGAAGCGCCUCCCCACGUCCCUCCCCUGCCCUCCUCUGCCUCUGCUCUUCUCUCCCUCCCCACAAAUAGUCGCCGAUCGACUGGCAAUCCGCCUCUCUCUCUCUCUCUCUUUCUCUCUCUCUCUCUCUCAACAACAUGACUGACUGGGAAGCAGUGCAAGAGCAGCUCUGCUGGUGCAGGCGGCAGAAGCAGAAGGAUUAUUAAAUAGCGCAGCUCGACUCUGUGCAACUGGGAGUGGAGAGCAGGAGCCCAACAGCCAAGAAGGGGCGGGAGGACAGAGGAGGGGGACCAGGAAGGACACCCCUCCGUGCCCUGAAGACAGACAUCCAUGAGUGCCCGGGAGGAGCCCUAACAAGCUGCGCGGAGCCCUCAAGGCUGCUAAGUUGGCUAUCACAGAGCAAGCCUUAGAGUCCCAAUGGGGGACUCAGGAUCAAGAAGAUCUACCCUGGUCUCCCGGUUACCAAUAUUCAGAAGAAGUAUUAGCAGAAGACAUGAUUCUCUUCCUUCUUCACCCUCUUCCAGUAAUGCAGUUGGUGUCCACAGUUCCUCUCCUUCUAGCACUAACUCAAGUUCAGGUAGCACAGGAAAACGCAGGAGCCUAUUCCGUGCUCCUUCCAUUAGCUUCCACCAUAAGAAGGGGAGUGAACCUAAGCAAGAACCAGCCAACCAGAACCUUGCUAUCUCAAAUGGUGCUCAGCCUGGUCACAGCAAUAUGCAGAAACAGAGUUUGGAAGAACAUAUUAAAACCAGGGGAAGACAUACUGUUGGUUUUAGUAGUUCACGGAACAAGAAGAUAACACGAUCUUUGACAGAGGAUUUUGAAAGAGAAAAGGAGCCCUCAACUAAUAAGAAUGUCUUUAUUAAUUGUCUAAGUUCUGGCAAAAGUGAGGGGGAUGAUUCUGGAUUUACUGAAGAACAGACUCACAGAUCUGUUAAACAGUCAACAAGGAAACUACUCCCCAAAUCUUUUUCAUCUCACUAUAAGUUUUCUAAGCCGGUUCCACAGAGCCAAUCCAUUUCAUUGGUACAACAGUCUGAAUUUUCACUAGAAAUUACACAGUACCAAGAAAAGGAACCUGUGUUGGUAAGAGCUUCUCCAUCUUGCUCUGUGGAUGUAACUGAACGAGCAGGAAGCUCUCUACAAUCUCCUUUGCUGUCUGCUGAUCUUACCACAGCUCAGACACCCUCAGAAUUUUUAGCCUUGACUGAAGAUUCUGUGUCUGAAGCAGAUGCCUUUCCCAAAAGUGGAAGCAUGGUAUCCCACUGUGACAAAUUUGGCCACAAUGAUUCUACCUCUCAGAACUCUCCCAAUCCUGCUGCUGUUACAAAGCCAACGAUAGAAGCUUUGGGAGCUGUGUCCUGUGCAGUUAUGUCUCCUGGGAAAUAUCGGUUAGAAGGUCAAUGUAGCACUGAAUCUAAUUCCUUAUCAGAAACCUCUGCUGCUAAUCAGAAGGAGGUGUUAUUGCAAAUCACUGAGCUACCCGUCAAGAAUGUGAGCGACUCAGAGACUCACUUACUAGCAGAUACUCAAAGAGAACAAAGUAUGGUAUUGCAAAAUGGUGAACCAGUGUUGAGGACAAGCUCCCCAAGGAAAACAGGAUUGUAUGAUCAACAUAAAGCAAUAGCUGAACGUGUUAAAGGAAUCCAUCCUGUUUCAGAUUCAAGGAUAAUACCCAUUUCAGGUGAUCAUCAUGUUUUGAAUAAACCAUCAUAUGCAUACGAAGCAAAUACUACCAAAGUUCUUGCCAGUAGCCUCAGUCCAUUUCGUGAAGGAAGAUUUAUAGAGAGGAGACUGCGGUCCUCAUCAGAAGGAACGGCGGGGAGUAGCAGAAUGAUUUGGAAACCGAAAGAUGGAAAUACAGAAGAAGUAAAUAGUUUAAGAAAGCAGAGAGCGGGUUCCUCAUCCUCAAAAAUGAAUAGCAUGGUGAGUAUAUAAACAUCUCUGCAAAUGAUGAAAUAAUGCUCUAU